AUGGAGACCGAGACAGAGGAAGAUAUAGAGAUAUUGACAGAGUACUCGUUCGUGAAGCACUGCCAAGAGGUGUGGUCGCACUGCGUGGGCUACCACCGGCAGGUGGUCAAGUACUUGCUCCUGUCCGUCGUGGUGGCCUUCUUCGGCAUGGCGCCGCCCUACCUCAUCUCCUGGUACAUCAACAAGCUCACGAAAGCGGACUACGAGGGGCUGAAUCCGCUGGUGGCGUCCGCGGUGGCGUCGUAUCUGGCCUUCCACAUUUCCGACGCCUUUGUGGUGUACCAGACCUCGGUGCUGGCCGAGAACAUCGCCUGCCAAGUGCGCCUCACGGCCUGGAACGAACUGCUAAAGCACGGGGCCAACGCGGUCGACUCCUUCAUCCGGUUCCUCUUCCGGGUGGGCGUGGUGAAGGACUUCCUCAGCACGGUCUUCUCUUUCGGGUUCAUCUUCUACAUGGACUGGCGAAUAGGUCUGGUCACCCUCUUUACAUCGAUCUUCUACGUCAUCCACUUCAUCUACAUCAAGAACAGGAUCGUGGUCUAUCGAAACACCUAUCUUGAGAAGACCGAGGCCACCACCGGCAGCGUGUGGGGCUACUUCGCCCACAUCCUGGUGCUCAAGCUGCUCAACAUGAUGGACCAAAUCCUCCCAACCCUGGACGCGUAUGUGCGUGAAGCGCUGGCCGUACGCAGGAACAUACUGUUCCUGGACCGCUACAAGGUGACGGUCGGUCGCGUAUGCAACAACGUCAGUGAGAUGCUGAUACUGGUGCUCAUGACGGGCAGUCUGAUUGCAGGCAACACAGUUCUCGGCGACGUUCUGCUCAUGCACAAAUACUACGCCAAGUUUAACAGUCACUUGCGAGCAAUGACCAACAACUACGACAUCUACCUCAAGACGUGCACCAAGAUGUACCGAUUCUCUCGCCUCAUGACGGAGUGCAGGGCCUUGAAGCAGGCGGAGCCGGAGCUUCCGAGCCGCGUGCCAUCGAAUUGGACCCAGAUCGAGUUCUCCAAGGUCUGCUUCUCGUACGAGUCGCUGAUCACCAAGGCGCGCCCGGCUCUCGACCACGUGGCGAUUGUGGGACGGUCCGGGUCGGGCAAGAGCACGCUCGUCAAGAUCCUCCUCCGACUCUACCAUCCUCAGUCGGGCGAGGUGACGGUCGGCGGCACCAACAUCGCCAACGUGGUCUCCGAAGAGCUCUACAACUGCAUCAAGGUGGUGCCCCAGGACGACGAGCUGUUGAACUGUUCGCUGUUUCAGAACCUGGCCUACGCCACCCCGGACCCGGUGUCCGAGGACGACGUCAUCGACGCCCUCCGCAAAGCCGACGCCUGGCACUUCAUCCAGGAUCUGCCCAACCGGCUGGGCUCGGUGAUCGGCCCGGGAGGAGUACAGCUGAGCGGAGGCGAGACGCAGCGCGUGUGCAUCGCGCGAGCGCUCAUUUCCAGUCCGCAGGUGAUUGUGUUGGACGAGGCCACGUCUUCGCUGGACGUGAUGACCGAACAGCGCGUGCAUGCCACGAUGGCGUCGCUCUCCCAAGACACGACCAUCAUCGCUGUGACGCAUCGCAUCUCUUCCCUGCACCUCUUUGACCGCAUAUUGGUCAUGCACCACGGCAAGUUGGUUGGAGAUGGGACCCACGAGCAGCUGCUCGGCGAGAACGAGUACUACCAGGGCCUGCAGAAGGCCAACAGCGAGGAUCAGCCGCGGCAGGAGGAGCACCCACACCAGUCGUGA